GAAAUGCUUUCCUGUAUUCUUUUCCUUUCCCUACUACUUUCAUACUAGUAAACAUGGUAAAGAAGAAGUAAUAACAGUAAUUUGUGUAUAAAAGUAAAAACUAUAAGUUCAUCUAAUAUGACUAGGCUCAUAGCAGCUAUUAAUUGCUGUUUUGCAUUCACAGCUUAGGAAAACAUGUCGGUCAUAUGCCAAAAUUGCUUCCGAUAGGAUGACACUUAUGGUGGAGGCCAUAUCUGCCCAAGACAAAACAACUGCAAUGGAAUUAAUUUCUCAAGAGAAGGCUCUUUCCAAAUCUGGAGCUAGACUCCUUCAAAGUAUCAAAGAUAAUCUGGCAGGCAUGAAGUGGGAAAGAUCACAACUGAAAUUUCUUAAAGCUGAUGACAUAGACUUGGGAAAGAGAUUGAAAGAUAUGGAAAUACCUCUGAGGGGGAUGGAGAUAGCCUUAUCUUUUUGCCCUUCAUUUCCUGUUCAGAUGAUGGAUGAUGAACUCGAGCAUGUCUUACAUAUUUCCAAAGUACAAAUAGGUUUAAAAUUAGAGCAACCCAAUUGUCCUGCACCUUUUGAUGCAACUACAGUUCCAGAGGAAGAAGCAUUAGACAGAUCCAUUUGGGCAAUCAAAACCACCUCUACAACCCAAGAAAAUUUGUCAGCUCUGUUCUUCUUAUACAACAUGGAACUUCUCAUAGAUGGACCACCCGUUGCCCAAGAUUUUCCAAACAGUCUGAAACAGGACACUGAACAAUCGAACAAAAUGACGUGUGACUUCCAAAAGGCCUGGAGCAAUCUAAAUAGAGGGGCAAGAAGCCAGAAUUUUGGUUUUGCAGUCAAGUGCUCACUGUCAUUAGGUCUUGCUGUGUUCUUUGGUUUGCUGUACAAUAAAGAAAACGGGUAUUGGUCAGGACUCACAAUUGCAAUCAGUUUUGUAACAGGACGACAAGCCACAUUUAAUGUUGCAAAUACUCGGGCACAAGGAACGGCAAUGGGAUCAAUCUAUGGAAUUCUAUGUUUAUUUGUAUUCCAAAGAUUUUUGGAGCUAAGACUCUUGGCACUACUUCCUUGGAUUAUCAUCACCAGUUUUCUAAUUCACAGCAGGAUUUAUGGCCAAGCUGGUGGGUUUUCAGCAGCCAUAGGGGCACUACUGAUUGUGGGUAGAAAAGAUUAUGGCACUCCAAGCGAAUUGGCAAUUGCUAGAAUUACAGAGGCUUCCAUUGGAUUACUCUGUUUAAUUUUAGUAGAGAUUCUCUUGAAUCCUGUGAGAGCAGCAACUCUUGCAAAAACUCAACUUUCACAGAGUAUGGGAGCGCUUGCAGAUUGCAUCAGCAACAUAAGUCUUUGCUCCCAGCAGAAAAACAUGCAAGCCUCUAAGCCAUUGAGAGAUAAGCGGCACCAGCUGAAACACCAUGUCAAUGAACUAGAAAAGUUCAUUCAAGAAGCAGAAUUGGAGCCUAAUUUUUGGUUCCUACCCUUCCAUGGUGCUUGUUACAGUAAGCUCUUGGGAUCUUUGUCAACAAUGAUGAAUCUUCUACUUUUUGUUUCCUAUCAAAUAGAGUUCAUUGCAGAAGCAUCACAAAAUUCUGGAGGUGUUUUAGAGGAGGUCCUACAGAAAAUAAAUGAUGAUCUAGAGCAUUUCAAUGAGAAAGUUGGCUUUUCCUUGAAAUCCCUUGAAGAGGCUACCUCAGCAUCCUUGCAAGUAUUUAAGGAAGCCUCUCAAAGGGAUAAUGCAUCUCAUGACAUUGAACUUGGAAAAUCAUCAAACAGAAAUUCAUUUAACCAUUUGACUACAGAAAACAGAGAUGUCGAGAACAUUUUAGGUUCUUUUCUUCAACAUGUGGAGGAAUUUGAUAAGAUAUGCAUAGAAGAAGGUAAAGACAAGACUAUGAGCCAAAUGGUUCUUCGUUUGAUAGGCCUGGGGUUCUGCAUCCAAAGUUUAGCAAGAGAAACUAUGGAGAUUAAAAAUCAAGUGAAAGAACUGGUCAAAUGGGAGAAUUCUUCAAGCCAGAGAAAUUUAUACAAAAUUCCCAGUAAAAUAAUUCAGAUGCAUACCUAAUAUCAAUAUCGAAUGUUCCCUAUUAACAUUAAAAAGGUGUGUGUGAUAAAUUGGUAAUAUAUCAACUUUCAUCAUCGUGUCUUAUUUGAACUAGCUAAUUCUACCAAUAGAUCAUAUAAUCUAUAUGUGU